UUUUUUGGGUGGUUUCGGGUUUUUCGGCCAUUCAAAAAUCGUUUCCCGGCAGCAAAACCUGGCGGAAAACUCCGAGCUGGGCUUCCCUGGAAAGCAGCGGGAUGUGAUCCAAUCCCGGGCUUGGAUUUGGGUUAAAAUCCUGGAAUUUUCGUCCCUGGAGGUGUCCAAGGAACACCGAGGUGGGAGUCGGUGACAUCUUGGACUGCUGGAUCCCGGAGCUCUUCUCCAGCCUCAUGGAUCCUGGAAUUCCCGCUCCAUCCACACCCUGAAAAUUUGAGGACAAAGCGGCGAAAUUUGGAGAAAGAAAAAGGCAAAAAACCCCCUUGGAUUUCAAAGCUCCUCCACCAAAACCAGUCAAGAUUUUCCAGCAGCAGAUCCACGACUGGAUUUUUUCCGGCCUUUCCCAGCCAUUCCACCAGGAAGGACCAUCCCCAUCCCCAGCCGAUCCCAAAUCCACCCAGAUCCACCGAGAACGAGGAUUUGGCUUCUCCCAGGGCAGUUUGAGGACCCCCCGGCGGGACGAUGGAAUUCCGGCGGGAAAGCCGAACCCAUUUUCUGCUUUUUUUCCGCUUUUUGAUUUUCGGGGCACGGAGCGCAGCCCCGCGCUUUGAAUAAUUUCCGACCGAAGAGGAUAAAAGACAAAGGUUGACUCAAUCGGCCCCAAAAACAGGAAAUGAGAGGCCUGGGGUCGAAGAACUUCCUGUCAGCACCUGCUCUGAACCCCGGGGCGGCGGAGGCUCCGUGACCCCGGGAUGGGCUCGGGCACUUGGCUCCGGCUGCUCCUCACCCUCGGAGCUCUUUGGGGGGUCGGGGCCAGGGAAACCGUGCUGGGAAUUCUGGGAGAGGCGACACUCCUGCGGAUCCCCCACCAGCUGCGGGAGCGCACCGUGGAAUUCGGGGAAGCCUCCUGGAAAAAAAUCAUGGAGGAGCCGCUGAAGAAGAAAUUCCUGCUGAAGAUUUCCGGCGGGAAUCCCGUGGAGUACGAGCCGGAGCGGAUGCGCUUCCACGAGCAGGACUUUUCCCUGGAAAUCCUCAACACCAGCCGGGAUGACCAGCGGCUCUACGAGUACAGCGUCAACAAGGGGUCGGAGGAGGAGGUCUGGCAGGUCCAGCUGGAAGUGUUCGAGCCGGUGGCCGAGCCCAGCAUCCGGAUCCUCCGUCGGGACUCCUCCAACGGGAGCUGCUCCCUGGCGCUGCGCUGCUCCUCGCAGCGGGGGGACGCGGUUUCCUACAGCUGGGACAGCCGGGACGGCGGAUCCGGGGGGAUCUGCUCCGGCAACGGCAGCGACCUGGCGCUCUCGUUCCCCCUGCGGAGCGCGGCCUUCGGCUGCGUCUGCACCGCCCGCAACCCCGUCAGCAGCCGCCGCGCCGCCUUCGACGCGGCCCAGUGCGGCUCCCAGCACAGGGGUGACCCCGGGGUGGGGACACGGCUCCUGGUGCCGCUGGUGGUGCUCGGCGUCAUCCUCAUCCUCAUCCUCAUCGUCAUCGUGGUCAUUGUCACCUUCAGGGACACCUGUGGCCAAAUUUGCUCGGUCAAAUGUGACCAGGACCCCUCCCGGGUCACCCCGGACCCCUCCCAGGUCACCCCGGCCAGCGCCACCAUCUACGCCCAGGUGCAGCGGGUGCAGAAGCCCCAAGGGACCGUCCCCAACGCCACACCCCUGUCCUGCACCACCAUCUACGCCGCGGCCACCGGGCCACCCCUGGCCCCCGACGGAGCCCCCCGGUCCCCGGCCGGGUCCCCAACCCCGCGGGGACGCCCCGCGCUGUCCCAGGAGCCCACGACGGUUUACGCCAGCGUGACCCUGCCCGUGGCCUGAGCCUCCCCGGGAUCCCCUCCCGGCUGGAAUCGCCGCCGGUCCCGGGGGAUCCUCUGGGGAUCCCCGAGCACCCCCAGAGGAAUCGAGCGGCGUGGCCGGCGUGCAGCGCUGUGGGAUGGUCAAGAGAGGGCUGGACACGGGAAAGGAACCUCUCCCGGCUGCGCGGGAGGAAUCCCAGCGGGAUCCCGGAGCCGUGGGAGAAGGGAGAGGGGCUCUGGAUGCGCCUGGAGCUGGGAAUGAUGGAUGAUCCAACGGGAAUGGUCAUUCCCACACCUGGAGUCCUUGGAAUGGUCAUUCCCAUUGCUGUGACUCCUGGAAUGGUCAUUCCCACACCUGUGACCCCUGGAAUGGUCAUUCCCACACCUGGAGCCCUUGGAAUGGUCAUUCCCACACCUGUGACCCCUGGAAUGGUCAUUCCCACACCUGUAGCCCUUGGAAUGGUCAUUCCCACAGCUGGAGCCCUUGGAAUGGUCAUUCCCACACCUGUAACCCUUGGGAAUGGUCAUUCCCACACCUGGAGCCCUUGGAAUGGUCAUUCCCACACCUGUGACCCCUGGAAUGGUCAUUCCCACACCUGCGGCCUCGGGAAGGCCGUCGGGAUUUGGACUCCAGCCUCAUCCCUGCGGAAUUUCACACCAGGAUCUCAUCCCGCGGUCCUGAAUUCCCAAGGGAACCCACAGGGACUUCAAAGAGCAAAAAACGGGAGGUGGUUUUGUUUCCUGAGCUCCGGAACGCGUUAAAAAUCCCAAAUCCGCCGGAUUUUGGCCCGAGGAGUGAGGGAUUUUGGCAGAAGCCAGGUCCUACCAAACUUUCCCAUUCCCAUCCUUUCCAAGGGAUUUCAUAAGCCCAAAAUACCUCAGGUGCCCGCAGCUCGUGGAUUGCAGCGGAGGGAAAGGAAAAUAAACUCGGAAUUUAGAGAA